AUGUUGGAAGAGGGUAAUAAUGUUUACGAAAUCCAGGACUUAGAGAAAAGAUCACCUGUAAUAGGCUCAAGUUUGGAAAACGAAAAGAAAGUAGCUGCCUCUGAAACUUUUACAGCAACUUCCGAAGAUGACCAACAAUACAUCGUUGAAUCAUCAGAGGCCACAAAAUUAUCAUUCUUUCAAACUUUUUUUGUCAGUUUAAAUGCAGAAACAAAGGGUGUUGAACCAGUCACAGAGGAUGAGAAAACUGAUGACUCUAUAAUAAAUGCUGCCUCCAUGUGGUUUUCAGCUAAUAUGGUCAUCGCAGCAUAUGCCCUAGGUGCCUUAGGUCCCAUGGUGUUCGGUCUAAAUUUUGGCCAAAGUGUUUUUGUUAUCAUUUUCUUCAAUAUAUUGGGUUUGAUAUCUGUUGCCUUCUUUUCUAUUUUUGGCGCAGAACUUGGUCUAAGACAGAUGAUAUUGUCCAGAUAUUUGAUUGGUAAUGUAACGGCAAGAAUUUUUUCUCUAAUCAACGUUAUCGCAUGUGUCGGUUGGGGUAUUGUGAACACAUCAGUUUCAGCGCAACUGUUGAAUAUGGUGAAUGAAGGCUCUGGCCAUGUUUGUCCUAUUUGGGCUGGUUGUUUGAUCAUUGUUGGUGGUACCGUGCUUGUGACUUUCUUUGGUUAUGGAGUCAUUCAUGCGUAUGAAAAAUGGUCGUGGGUGCCAAACUUUGCCGUUUUUUUAGUCAUUAUUGCUCAACUUUCGAGAUCUGGAAAGUUUAAGGGUGGUGAAUGGGUAGGUGGUUCUACUACUGCUGGUGGGGUUCUUUCCUUUGGUUCCUCUAUUUUCGGUUUUGCUGCAGGGUGGACGACAUAUGCAUCUGACUACACUGUGUAUAUGCCUAAGAGAACAAACAAGUACAAGAUUUUCUUUUCCCUAGUCGCUGGUUUAGCGUUCCCUCUGUUUUUCACUAUGAUUCUUGGAGCUGCUUCUGCUAUGGCUGCCCUUAAUGAUGAAACCUGGAAGGCAUAUUAUGAUAAAAACGCUAUGGGUGGUGUUAUAUAUGCUAUCUUGGUUCCUAACUCUUUACACGGGUUUGGUCAAUUCUGUUGCGUUUUAUUGGCAUUGUCCACUAUUGCCAACAACAUUCCAAACAUGUACACCGUUGCUUUAUCAGCACAGGCUUUAUGGGCACCUUUGGCUAAAGUACCGAGAGUGGUCUGGACAAUGGCAGGUAAUGCUGCAACGUUAGGUAUUUCCAUCCCCGCCACAUAUUACUUUGAUAGCUUCAUGGAGAAUUUCAUGGAUUCUAUCGGUUAUUAUCUGGCUAUUUAUAUUGCCAUCGCAUGUUCAGAGCACUUCUUCUACAGACGUUCGUUCAGUGCUUACAAAGUUGAAGACUGGGAUAAUUGGAACGGUCUACCUAUUGGUAUUGCAGGUACUUCUGCAUUAAUUGUCGGUGCCUUCGGUGUUGCAUUGGGUAUGUGUCAAACCUACUGGGUUGGUGAAAUCGGUCGUUUAAUCGGUAAGUAUGGUGGUGAUAUUGGGUUUGAGUUAGGUGCAAGUUGGGCCUUCAUAAUCUAUAACAUCCUAAGACCUUUAGAAAUCAAAUAUUUCGGUCGUUAA